AUGGCAAAUGAGUGGAAUAACAGCAAACCGUACACCCGAUUGAAAUGUGGAUCGAGUGACCGUGGGAGAACCAACGUCUUCACGCUGGAAUACGACUUGCUGUGUCCCGUUCAGCUUCCCCACGCGGCAGGCGUCCACAUGCUGACGAUCAUCCUGCGCAUGUGGUACACAUCAAUGGUUGCUUGCGUCAUGCACAUUGUGGCACCCCGAGAACUGCCCUUUGCCACCCACGCCAUGAUCGUCGAGAAUACCUUGACGGUGGCUGUGCAGGAGGAGGACUCGAAUUUGCAGCAGGAGGCUUGCCCCAUUUGCCUGGAGAACUUUCAAGUCGGCGACAAGGUCCGACGCCUGCCAUGCAUGCACCUGUUUCACGUGGUGGGUGGAGAGUCCUCUUCACAGAGCCGCCAUUGUAACAUCGACAGACACCUGGUGCUGGAUAAGCAGUGCCCCAUUUGCAAGACGCCCAUCGACAUCAUGGAACGCAUGGAACGAGAUCAAGCAGCAGCAAUGGACCGCUCGGAUGAAGUCGCUCCGGCACCCGUCGGUGAGAUCACAAUACAACCGGCCGAUUCCGGGGAGGGGUUGGUCGCUGACACCGCAGAAGAAGCCAGGCCGGCCACCAGUGAGCAGGCACAGGAAGAAGACCGACCGGUCGAGCAGCCUAAUCCACAGCGCUUGCCCGAACAGGCCGCCGAGCUGGAACGCGUGGUUCGAAGUUUACAGUCGCGUUGGCUGCAGAUUCAGGAUGUCGUGGCGGGGGUGCAGCAAAUGCUGCACUACCUCGAGGAUAGCCACUCCACCUUGAGUGCCGUCCGCAAUAGCACGGCUCGCGUCGACGACGCAGCGCGCACCUCUGCGGAGACAGGCACCGAGGAGCAGCCUCAAACGCAGGCGGCGCCUGAGACGGUCUCGGUGAUCGCUUCACCGACCGACGUCUCGGUUGAACCUCCGGUCGAACCUCAGCUGCAGCAAGCGGCACCAGCGCCUGUGGUGGAAAUCCCGGCUUCGCCGGAACCACCCGCGGUGCAGGCGCCCGUGGAGGCCGGCUGGGAGCCUUUCACACAAGCGGAGAAAGUUUGCAAUGCGUACACCUGGCGACGACGGCGCUUGGGCAUGCUCCAGUCUGCCACCAGCAGCACGGAGGGGCCCUGCGGACGAUCCUCGGCAUGA